UGCUCCAGCAGUAUGUGUGUGUUUGUGACUGUGUGAGAAGGAGCUGAGUUCCGGAGCUCUAGUGUGUGUUUUACUUCGACAACAUCAGGGCUGAUUAUACACUCCGCAGGUUUAAAUGCAGCGCUUCACCUCCUUAGAGGAGACUAAAGUGGGAGCAGGACGUCUUUGAAGGACUCAGGCAUGAUGUGGAUUGACUCUGGAACAAUGCCACUACUGACCCUCAGUGUCUUCUUCCUCUUACUGUCACCAGCCACCAGUACCAGUGCCCCAGGCCGGCCAAGGGUCACCAGCUGCCGUUCACCUGAGAAGGAAACUUUUACCUGCUGGUGGGAGCCGGGAGAUGACGGGGGUCUUCCCACCACCUACGCUCUCUACUACUGCCUUGAGGGUUCUGAGACGGUGUACGAGUGUCCAGAUUAUAAAACAGCAGGUAAAAACUCCUGCUUCUUCAGCAAGAACGACACGUCGCUGUGGAUCAACUACAACAUCUCAGUGGUGGCCACUAACGCCGAGGGCAAGAGUGUUUCAGAGCCAGUGGAGGUUGACGUGGUUUACAUAGUCCAGCCCAAAACUCCAGAGAGUGUGAUGGUUUCAGUGCUGGAGGAUGAUCACGGCCCAUACCUGCGUGUCUCCUGGGACAAACCACGGUCAGCAGACACUCGUUCUGGCUGGAUCACACUCGUCUACCAGCUACGAGUCAAACAGGUCAAAGAAGAGAACUGGGAGGAAUAUGACGCUGGCAUGCAGAAGUACUACAACGUCUUCAGCCUUCAUUCUGGUAAAGAGUACAUGGUGCAGGUUCGAUGUAAACCGGACCACGGCUUCUGGAGUGAAUGGACCACUCCAGCCUACAUCCAAAUGCCUGACUUCAUUCCCAGGGAGCGCUCCAUGUGGAUCAUGGUGGCAGUUUUCUCUGCCUUCAUCCUCCUUAUCUUCGCCUGGACGAUGAACGUUAAGCGGAGCAGUGUGAAACACUAUCUGCUGCCUCCCAUUCCUGGACCAAAGAUCAGAGGAUUUGACCAACAGCUGCUCAAGAGCGGAAAGUCUGAAGAGGUGUUCAAUGCAUUGGUGAUCCAGGGUUUCCCCCCAACCACCAACUACGAGGACCUGCUGGUGGAGUAUCUGGAGGUUUAUGACGAUGUGAAGCAGGAGCUGGUUCUGAAUGGGAAGAAUCUGCCCGAGGGCUUGCUAAAGUCCAAGACCAUGUCUUCAGACAACGACUCUGGUCGGGGCAGCUGCGACAGCCGCACACUGUUGAUGGAGAAGUGUGCAGAGGGUGUGGAGGAGAGCGGAAUGGAGCAGGAGCUAAGCCAGUUUGGAGAGUCCAGCUGGGCUUCUUCUGACAGUGGUGAGGACAGGGAAAACCCUGCUUCUCCAAGGCAGGAGGACAGGAAGGUCCAGACAUGGCCUCCUGUGUUCUCCUCUCCUCAGCCACACCAUUUCCAGCAACAGCAGCCAGGAGGCACCAGAGCUUCCUACCACAGUGUACCAGAAAUUUCCUGCAGAUCUCCACCUGGCCAUUCAUCUGGUGGUCAGCAGAACCGGUUUAGCAAGCCUGGUUUCUAUCAGUACACUCAGAUGCACAGCAUGGAUAGCAUAGAGCACAAGCACGUAGCACAGGUGCCCCAGUCUCAAUCUGCUGAAUAUGUAGAGGUACAGACAGUCGACCCAGAGAACAUUCUGCUUCUCCGGCCUCUAGCGAAUGCCGAAGGGCAUGACCCAGAACUGUCCGAUUUUGCUGGAGAAGACUACAGCAAGGUCCGAGAUGUGACCUCUGAUAAUAUUCUGCUACUGCAGAGGGAUUUGAGUGGACCACAGUAUGUGAGGGAUUAUUGCCAGGACCAAAGUGGACAGGUUGACCCCUGCUUUAUGCAGCUGCAACAGGUGGAACAAACCUGCAAACCUACAAACGUCCAUCUUCAUCUUCCUUCUCUCAUGCUCCAGGAUGGCAUGAGGUUGGCUGGGAAUGGCUAUGUGGAUUCAACUAUUAUGAUGUCCUAACAGCUAACAGCUAACAACUGUCAGAAUGCUGCUAUGGCCCAGGCUUGGUUUUGCCUUGGGGUGCCACUGUCAUUUGACAUCAACAGCAGUUCAGGAAGGGUUUGCUCACAAGCUGAUCACCUGAAUCAGGUAUGCUAGAACAUGUCAGGACAGACGACCCCAAGACCAGGAUUGAGGACGAUGAAAAAGGGGACAAAAUGAAACACUGAAACAGAAUCCCAGCCAGAUACAUUUGUCUGAAUGUGAUGACCUCCUCUUAAGCUCUUUCAAAGCAGUAGUUCUCCUUCCUCAGUGACUCUAAAGACUCUAUUAACAAGAGAUUUAAGAAUACCUGAAUGAUACCCACUCCUUUUUUUAGUUCUCCUUUUAUUUGCUGUGUUUAGGGGUACACGGAGGAAAUGAAGCAGUGAAGCACUACUGAAGGUCCUUUUUAUGCUCUGUGUCGCAUGCUGUAGUCUUAAAUCUACAGAAGGAAGCUGCUGAUUGUGAAUUAAUGACUGGUUCUAACAUAUUUUUAAGACAGAAGGGAAAAAGUAAAAGCUCUUUUUGGUUUCUCUGCCUUUUCUUUAAGGAAAAAUGUCUUCGGUGGCAGGUAGGAACUUGUACGUCCUGUUAAGGUAUGGAUCUAAUCUCUUAACCAUAGUCUUAAUUUCAAAUGUAUUGCACAAUAAGACUAAGCUGGUGUGGAACUGGAGUGAUUAUUCAUUCUGGGAAAACUCAAGGAUUAAAAACACAUAGCUCUGAGGCACUUAACUAAGCACUGGAUUCAAGCUGAAACAUUGUUGUUAUAAGGCACUGGAUCACUGUCUUGGCAUACUAGGGUUCAGAAGGCACUGGAUUUUAAUGGUUGUGGUUGUAACUGAAAGUGUUUUAUUUCCAUGGACAGUGAAGAACCAUUUAGAAUCCAUUUGGAGGCAAAUUGGAAUGUACCCCCAACAUUUAGCACCAUUUUAACUAUGCACUAAAAUAUUAAGAUGAAGGGCAUAUUAAUAGUGCUGGAUAUUCCCACACACCAGCACUGGCAGAUUUCAUUCAUUGUGAUUCUUUAAGUUUGUUUGCACCAGCAAACAUGUGAAACCCAUUUUAUGCCACAGAUUCAUACUGAUCUGAGGCAAGAUGAAGUCUACGUCGUGCGCUCACACAUGUGAAAUUACAGCCUACUGUCUUAUGGUCAGUCAUUUCAUACCUCAAGUCAGAUCACUGACAAUGCACUAUGCGCCAUGUUAUACGCUUAGAAAUGUAAUUAGCAUCAUGGCACGGUUAGAGUUAGUGUAAUGAUUUUUAUGAAGCCAAAUACUCGUUAUCAUUUAGAAGUCAGUGGAUGUUUUGUAGUGCUACUGUCCAUCCUGAUUUUGUGAUAUGAGAACUUUUGCCAAAAUGCCAAAUGCACUCAGUGACCCAAAGUACACAUUGGGGACGUUGUAAGGACGUUCAUCAGGCUCUGUUUCUGACUGUAAGAGAGAGCAAUUGUGAAUUUCAAAUUGUCCAUAAUCAUAAUGCAAAUUGCACACUGACCACUGCCGAUUCCAAAAGAAGGUAAAUGUUUUUUUUUUUUCAUCGAGUUUAAUCGAGCAGUCGUGACCACCCUAUGUCCUACUACUGAUUUUUUUUUCUUAUGUCUUUAGUUUCGUAAUACUGCACUAAGGCAAAGUUUUGGACAUGUCUAGACAAGCCCAAGACCGCUCUUGAAGGAUGCAAAUUUUAGAUCCAGAUAAGUUUGUUGGAUAUGAGCUGGAGCAAACCUCUUAGACCCAGUUCACAUCAGACAUUAACAUGUGUCUUGGGUGAUCUAGUCUUAAGCGGAAAGUAAAAAGUAAGCAUAGGUGUAAAAGAGGUCUAAUGUGAUUAGGGUUGCACUGAUACUGUACUUGAACUUAGUCGGAUUGUCAGUAUUGGUCAUAGGGAUACCAAUAACAUGAAGCAAUUUUUAAUUCUCAAAAGCAGUUUGAGUCAAUGUUAGUCCAGGUUCUUACCAAGGGAGCGAACAAAAGGUCUUAUUUGUGACUCAAAAUGCAACUUUAAUCAAAAUAAACAAAAAGUGGAUAUUUAUGAAUAUCAGAACUUGUGAGAUAGUUAUGUUAGACAGAGUCAGUAUCGAUAUCAGUACUCUGUGUCAGCCAAUACUUAAUGAUCAGGUAUUGGUAUCUGUAUCAGAAAAGUAAGAGGGAUGUCGGUGCAUCCCUAGACCCAGUUACUCAGUCCACCUUCAGAGGACCACAUAACAUUUAUAACGCUCAAGCGCUUAAUUGUGUCCCUGACAACAAACACUUUGCAAUGGAGAAACAUAAAAAUAAUUUAGAAAAAUUAAGAAAAAAAUGUGCUGGUUUUUUUGGUAUACUCAGCUUUGGCACUUAUGAAUAAUCUAAAUACCAUAUAUACUGAUUUCUCAAAUCCCAGUGGUUAGUAUAUAACUGGGACACAGAUAUUAAAUACUGAAUAAGUUUUGAUGUGAAAUAUUGUCUAGAGAACAUUUGCCUUGAAGACACAAGUCUCAGGUGGACUCGCUUUGAAUGUAUGUAUAUACUGUAAAUAGCCCUGAGGCAGCACUGAUUGUGGGCACUAUGAGGAACCAAGUCAAAGAGAAACUUUAUAACACUCCUUUUAAUAUUUUCCGAUUUUACUACAGUCCGUCAUUCGCCGCCACAUUUUGAAAGAACAUACUAUAUAUCAUCACCGUCAUAACAAAACCUUGCUGCCAUUUACAUUGUGUGAAUGUAUCAUAGUGAAUGGACCAAUAGAAAAGCUCCAGAAUUAUUUUUCCUCAUAGUAAAGUUAUGAAUACUUAUUUUGCGACUCCUACAAAAUUACCUUUUCACAAACACAAGGUUUUGUUACAUCAGUGAUGAGAUGUUUUUCCUGUCUUUUUCUUUGUGAAUCAGAAAUGUUGCUUGUUUUUCCAGGUCAGCUGGAAAACUGGCCCUGGAUUUUACUGCAAGUAUGUCAAAAUAGCUGUCAGUACUACUGUAUGCAUCCUUUACCUUGAAAAUACAGUUUUUUGCACAGCUUUUGGUUAUUCUGAACUGUUCUAUAUUAUUGAUGUAUUAUUAAUUUCUCUGACCAGCUAUGAUAUUGCCUUACUGUAUGUAUAAAGUAUCUGAGAUUAUGCUUAAGGUUUUGUCUAAAAAAGAUAUUUUUCUAAAAGCAUUAUUUACUACAGACAUGUUUAUAUUUAUGUUUAAAACCAUAGCCAACAUUAAUGACCAGAGCCACCUGUGAUGUCUGGUGAUUAUUUAGAACAGGCCAGAUAAAUCAUAUAUUAUUCAGAUGUAAACAAACACUGUGUAUACUAUAUAUGCAUGUAUUAUAUGCUAAUGAAUAACACUGAUUCAUGACAUUAAUGUAGGUGUAAGCACUCAGUUGAAUUUAUGAUUUAUGAAAAUUGACUGUUUUAUCUCACAUUUAAUAUUUAUUAUCUCUUCGUGCUUCAGAUGUUACGAAUGCACAGAGAAUAAUUUAUGUUACUCUCUAUUAACAAAGAAUGGAUUUGUGGAUGUAGUUUUAAUAUAUUUGCAUAGCCUAUGUACAUGGAAAUCUUUUUAACUCUUGGAUCUGCUUAACCCCUUAAAAUGCUUAUUUCAUACUAUGGCUCAUUAUUCAGUAACUACAGGGACUUCAGUGCAAACUGGCUGAGCUAUUCUUAUGUUAUGGAAGUGUGUGAUAGAGCUCCGGGCCCUGUGGGUGGGCCCUGGCCACUUAAGGCAUUGUCUUGUGUUAAAGAAACGGGCAAUGUGGAAAAAUUGCGGUAAUGGUUCACGACCUCUGAAGCAUUUGGACUCACAGGAUUUAUCCCAACACAUGGACUUCUUGGACUAAAAUCCAGCCAAAUUGUGCAAAUUCAUUCACUGGCUGUGUUUAGAAAGGACAUUUUUUUUUCACCCAUCUGGGAAUUAAAACUCUCUACAUUUGUCUUUUUUCUCCUUUUGGACAAACUGAUUUGCUGAGAUCAACACUGAAGACACUCGAAAUCCACUUCUAAUGGAUGUUUUGUUGGUUAAACUCUUUCUGUAUUGCACUGUACAUGAUGUAAUACAUAUACUGACUCUUGUCACUUUA